GCAUUCUUGGAGCUCCUUAUUUCAUUGGCUUGGAUUUUGUUUGUUUGAAUCUCAGGAGGAAGAGCAAGCUUAUGCGCGUCGCGUCUUGCUGAUCUUUUUCUGCUUUACUGGCAGACGAAGCUGCUACUUCUUUGUCCACCGUUAUUCAUACUCGAGGGUCAUAACAGUUGGAGCAUCGACCAAACCGGAGGCGGCCCAGCAUGAAGGCUCAGCCAUACCAAUGUAUCGAAGACUUGACAGGAAAGGAUAUAAAGAAGCCUGCUCCCAAUAAAGAGCUACCAUUGAGUCCUCGGCAAAUUGCGAUACUCAUUUUUUCAGUACUUCUGCUUAUCGCUAUACUUAUCGGACAACCUAUUGUAAGCAUUCCGGCUGGACACCUGGCUGUGGUUGAUUUUUUUGGAUAUGUGCCCAAAAACACGAUCUCCGCGGGGUUGCACGUCAAGACCUUGUACAGCACUAUCCAUAGCUUUUCACUCAAGACUCAACUCAUGGAACUGACCCUCAAUGUGCCCACGAACGAGGGCCUUAUCGUUGAGCUGGAUGUUUCCAUCCUCCACCGCAUCCACCCUAACAUGGUGCGAGACCUCUACCUGACAGUCGGCAACAACUACAAGGAGGUGGUUUUGCUGCCCGAGGUCACCUCCACUGUUCGAAGCCUCACCGCUAGCGUGUCAUCCAAAACCUUAUACUCGGCUAGCCGUGACGAGCUGUCGACCAACAUUAAGGACCACCUCAACGGCAAGCUGGCUGUUCGCGGCAUCGAAAUCGAGCAGGCCUUGCUGCGGAAAGUGGUACUGCCGAAACUGGUGACCACCGCUAUCGAGCAGAAGCUCAUGGCCGAGCAGGACAGUCAGCGCAUGGAGUUCGUGCUUAUGAAAGAGCGUCAGGAGGCUGAGCGCAAGCGUAUCGAGGCUCAGGGCAUUUCUGACUUCCAAAGCAUCGUGUCACAAGGGAUUAGCGACGCGCUUCUGGAGUGGAAGGGCAUCGAAGCGACGGAAAGGCUUGCAAACUCCGCAAACGCCAAGAUUGUGGUGGUUGGCAACUCGAAGAACGGGCUGCCGCUGAUACUCGGGGAAGGUAGCCACACGCUGUCGGGCAAGACCGCCACCCCCGGGGAGACCAAGGCUGAAGCUGGCAAGCCCGAGGGCGCCGCAUAAGCAGAUGUACCUGUCUCCUACUGCUCUUUUACCGUACUGUAUUGCCUGACUGGCUUGCACGAGCGUGACUUCUCUGCUGCUAGAAAGAACGUUGUGUAAUUUGGAGCAACCUCGUCUUGUUGAGGUGUGGCACCGUUCGUAAGGCUGUGCAGGCAUGCACGGAUAUCGAGCUCCAAGUAUGCAAUUCACUUGCUGGCCUAAACACGUCCAAUGGAUGUGGGCCCUGACAAUCCUCUUUUAAUGUCAUCUAUUCUAUAAUACCCGGUAGGAUUCGGAUGUGGCCCACUCUGCCAACGUCCAGCCCGUUUUCAAUAAAUGCUUUUGGUGCUGGCAUAAUAUCAAUGGUUUGGUGAUACAAUGGCUUGUUUAAGAUAUGUUACCCUAUCAGGGUCUGCCUUCCGCAUGAAAUCCGCGGCGGGCGCCAGCCACACACCUAUCUAUCAGCUACAACCCUAUUGUUAUGCUUCGGCGGUCUACAUAUAGACGGCGGCUUUGCCAGCUGCGAACGCACCAUAUUUUCCUUCGCUGGGUGGUGCCGCUGGUGGUUAGUUAGGGGCUGUAGUUAGGGUCAAAGGCUAAUUUGUGGCCGUGGUGACGCAAGGAUGGGCUGUUAGUCUGGACCUGGGUUGCCGGCGGCGCGUCUGUGACGUGUGUCACAUGGAGGCAUGUCAAGUCAUGACCCCAUCCUGUGGUGAAGCCCCGUUGGCGAUAUUUUCGACGCCCAGCCAGCCGGGUCGCACACCAGCUCUGCAAAAAUGGCGCAUG